CAGUCGCGCUGUAACCCUAGCGCCGCCAAACCAGGCUGCACCGCACCCCGUCGCCGGCCGGCCGGCCGCCCAUCAUCCCCGCCGCACCUCUCCGCCGACGCCCUAUCCGUCGCCCACCCCGACGUCAGCAACGCCGUGCAGUUCCGCCGCCCCAUGGAGGAGGAGGAGAUAUCUGGGAAGGAGUUUUUGAGGCCGGACAACUCUCUCUCUCUUGCGGAGGCGGAGGCGGCGGCCGCGGCCAGUCGACUCACCGACGACCUCAUCGUGGAGAUCCUGUCCCGGCUCCCCUUCCGGUCCGUCUGCCGUUUCAAGUGCGUCUCUAAGACCUGGCGUGACCUCAUCGCCCACCCCGCCCACCGCAAGAAGCUGCCGCAGACCCUCGCCGGCGUCCUCUACACCAACAUCACCGGUGCCGGCGGCUAUCGCUACCACCUGGCCGGCCUCUCGGCCGAGGCCGACGGUCUUGAUCUUGACCCUUCACUCACGUUCCUGUCACAUACGGAGUACAGGGACUUCGGGCUGGUGCGCGCCUGCAAUGGCCUCCUCCUCUGCUCCUACGAACCGGAGGAGGGAACCGUCCGUUUCGUCGUCUGCAAUCCCGCCACCCAGAGGUGGACGGAGCUGCCCCCUCGCCCGCGGCCAAACACAUGCCGCUAUUACCAGCAGUUCCAUCUGGCUUUCGACCCAGCAGUCCCGUCCCAUUUCCACGUUUUUGAUUUCGAGCGCGCCGACAACUUGGGCAUCACAGGAGUGAGCAUCUACUCGUCCAGAACCGGAGCCUGGAGCCAGAGUGAUACUGGAUUGGUUGAGGAUGUUGUAAUGGUAGGUCAAAGUGUCCUGGUUGGGGGUAUGCUGCACGCUGUUGGCAACCUGCUUGUGGGUGCAGACAGCAACAAUUGGGAAGACAAGACUGUGCUGGUGGCUGUGGACAUGGAGGGCAAGGAAUGGAAGACAAUCUCCGUGCCAUGCGGCCGGGAUUAUGGUAUAGUUGGGUGGUCACAGGGGUGCCUGCACUAUGCUGCUAUAUCUCCAGCUCCUCUCACUGUCGGUGUUGACGACGAUGAGGGUUCACUCAACAUGGCUGAAGAGGUAGCUAUCUGGCGCCUUGAGGAUUAUGAUAAACAGCAACGGGCCCUCAAGCAUAGUUUCAGAAUCGAUAAGGUGCUGAACCUAAAUGAGGUGGACUACCGGCUGGUUGGGUUCCAUCCCGAUCACGACACCUUCUUCUUUGUCAGCAAGGGUAUUUGGGAGGGCGAAAAUGCUUCAUUGGUGUCGUGGGACAUGCGGCGUCGCCAACUCUCUUGUGUUCUCCAUCUCGAGAAAAGCAGUGUAGCGCCGUAUCUGCCUUAUGUUCCUCUCUUCUCAUCGGAGCCACUAGCAGAUGCAGAUGGGCACUAAUUCAGUUCGCUUUGUGCUUGGGCUUGCUCCGAUCAAUGGAAUAAGCAUGUAUGUGUACACCUGCACUUCUUAAUCUUCUUGAAUUGUGUUAGUCACUUUGUUCUGUGGGGCUAAAUUAUACUACUGUUAUCCAGCUUUCUUGGCCAUUGCAUGCCGUGAUUGCGGUUGUACUGAAUCCUAGUAUUAGUGAGUGCUACUUGUGAACUUUGUUUUGUUCCUUUUUAGUUAUUAUAUGUUUGCUGAUGCUUA